GCUGCAGUGAGGUCCAACCUGGAGCAUGAGCACUUUUCACCCACAGUCUUCUGUUUAUUUAGGAAAAAGCCCUGCCCAAGGAACUGGGCUCAAAGAUCAGCUGAUUCAAUAAGGCAGCCCUGCAAGCAAAGCUGAAAGAAUAGAGGCUUCAACUCCUUUCCAUGGCAGCUCACCAAAACCUGGCCUCGAAGAUCUUCUCUUUAUGCUGCAAAUGCUGUGAGAAACCCGAUGCUGCAGAUGACUCCAAGAUCCCCAAUCAAACCCAAGAGCUUCAGCUGUCAAAGCAUGGUGUGCAGAAGGAUGAGCUCAACAGACAAAGCCUCAAGCACAGUGACGCAGCACCCUGCAUGAGUCUGGGGAAAGCCACGCUCCCCUCAGAAAAGACAACUUCUUGUUUCAGCAGCAAUGUAAAUUUGCAAGCUUCCAAAAGAGGGUUUCACAAGAGAAGGCUCAGCCGCUACUCCCAGGAUCGCUGGCCGUACCAACCAUGCCUCAUGGGGAGGCCCUGAUCAUUCUAGACGGCAGCCCCUUCGCAGGUCUUGGAGCCUGCGCAGCUGCGGAGAGUUUCCAGGAGUAAGAGGCCGGUGCACUGAGGCCAUGAAGACUGAUUCGGAAACUCCCUUCCAGGAGGAGAAGACGUCUGAGCCAACGCUGCGCCGCCAGCAAGAGUCACUUCAGACCCCAAAAAGCCACUUGGGAGGAGCUGCCUCCAAUUAAAGUCUUUGGUGACGUCACAGGACUGUGUACCUCCUCUUUCCCCUCCCCCUUACCGGUACAUUCAGUUUAUAGAGGAGUUCAUCCAUGUUUGUUACAUGUUGUGUGCCUUUAUUUCUUACAUCUAGAUCCUUGUUCCGUUUCAUAGUUUUCACUAUAUAUAUUAGGUAUGGAUCCAUAUCUUUUCGGACAUUUAUUUGAAAGACCAUCUUUGGCCCAAUCAUUUGCGAUAACUCCUUUAUCCUCGUGUACAAAAAUUCCAUAUGUAUUUUGGUUUCUUUCUUAAAUUUCUAUUUUAUUCCACUGUAAGUCAGUCUGGUACCACCUUGUCUUAUUCCUCCAUUUUUUAAAAUUUAUUUUUUAGUUGAAGGAUAAUUGCUUUACAGAAUUGUGUUUCCUGUCAAACCUCAAC